CGCUCCGUGUCUCUCUAUCAGUCACUGGGUCACACACACACUCUCACUUCACGUCCACAUCGCGCCGGACGGGGAAGGAAGGACUAACUUUUUUCUUUUUUUCUCCCCCCGCCCCAAAACAAGAAGAACUGCACUACGGGACCGGGACCCAACUUCCCACUUUCCCCUACUUCCCCCCCCUACACACACUCUCACGCUCUCUCCGGGUGUGUGAGGACUUGUUCGCCCACCACUGCGCCCCCACCCAUCCACCCAUCCACCGCAUCCCAAGUGCGCAAUGGUGACUUUACGCGCGGGAUUGGACGUCUUCGGCUUCUUGUGAUUCAAAGUUGCGCCAUCAAGAGUCUCAUCGCAAAAGCGUGCAGGUGAUGUUCAGGAAUUUCCAAGUCGUCCGCAAGUGAGAAGAGGGCGUGCCGGAGUUGUUCGAACCUCUUAGUUGUAAUGAUGUCUUCCAUGCGAGCAUCGCCUCCGUUUCACGCAGCGCCCGAGGGAGAGGGGGCGCUCGGCUGCAGCAACACCAACGCGGCCUGGCUGGACGACCACGGCCCCAAGGAGACGCCGUCACCUUCCCCGCCCGAGCAGCCGCAGCCAAUCAGAGAGAAGCGAGCAGACGGUGACUCUUGGGACAACGCUGCGUUGGCUGCGAUGGACACGGAUUGCCCAAAUAAAGGCUCCUCUGUCAUCUACUCGUACCGGGCCAGCUCCACCUCGCCACCCAAGCCCGACGACUCUUCCCGGGAUCGCGGCGAGCAGAUGGCGACGGGCGCCGGCUUGGCCUUGGGGACCCCGGAACGCCGCAAGGGGAGCCUGGCGGACGUGGUGGACACGCUGAAGCAGAAGAAGCUGGUGGAGAUGACCAAGACAGAACAAGACGAAUCGACGUGCAUGGAGAGUCUCCUCUCCAAAGACUGGAAGGAGCGCGUGGACCGCCUGGACGCCGCCGAGCUGCUGGGCGACGUCAAAGGGACGGCCGAGUCUCUGGAGGAGAAGGAACGGCAACUAUCGGCAAUGAUUAGCCAGUUGAUCAGCUUGAGGGAGCAACUUCUGUGCGCCCAUGACGAGCAGAAGAAGAUGGCUGCCUCGCAGCUGGAAAAGCAACGGCAGCAGAUGGAGCUUGCCCGGCAACAGCAGGAACAGAUAGCCAGACAACAACAGCAGCUUCUGCAGCAACAACACAAGAUUAACAUACUCCAACAGCAGAUUCAGGUCCAAGGUCACAUGCCGCCCCUCAUGAUCCCUGUGUUCCCUCACGACCAGCGAUCAUUGGUGGCUGCUGCAGCCGCCGCGCAGCAAGGUUUCCUCUUCCCACCGGGCAUGUCGUACAAGCCAGGUGACAACUACCCCAUGCAGUUCAUUCCUUCCACAAUGGCGGCGGCCGCAGCGUCGGGGCUCAGUCCACUUCAGCUACAGCAGCUGUACGCCGCCCAGCUGGCGAGCAUGCAGAUCUCGCCGGGGGCCAAGAUGGCGGCCGCCCCGCCAGGGGGGCGCAACACGCCCGUCCCGCUGUCGCCCUCUGCCCUUAAGAGCGAGAAGCGAGCGGGUAGCCCCCUCGUGAAGGUGAGUCUGGAGGAAGGCUCCACGCAGCCGCUCAACCUCUCGGCCCGGCCCAAGAUGUCGCCGACAUCGCCCAUCGCUCAAACGUUGUUCUCCGGCAACAAGAGCAGCCCCACCGGCGCCGCCAAGGCCCGUAUCCCCAGCCCGGUCUCCGCCAUGAGCUGCAACAACUCCCUGGACAUCCUCUCCAGCCUGAACUCCACGGCUCUAUUCGAGGACCAGGACGCCGUGAUGAAGGCCAUCCAGGAGGCCAGGAGCAUGAGGGAGCAGAUCCAGAGAGAGCAGCUCCAUCACCAGCAGGGACCUCCGCCACCGCCCCCACCGCCACCUCAUCAUCAUCUUCAUCACCAUCAUGCUGCUCCUCCUGGACACCAAAGUCUGGAGGCCAAACUGUCGGCGUUGACCAACAUGACCCUCAACAACGGCAACAAGGAGCGUCUGCACUACGAAACGCUGAGUCACCACCUGGGCAAGCUCGGGGAGGAUGCUGGGAAGAUGGUCCAUCGAGUCAUCGACCUGACCAGACCGGAGGAUCUGGACGGGAGCAACAUCGCGGAGGCCCGCGUUUUCCGGGAGGCGCGCGGCAGGGGCAACGCUGAGCCGCACAUCAAGAGGCCCAUGAACGCGUUCAUGGUUUGGGCCAAGGACGAGCGCAGGAAGAUCUUACAGACCUUCCCAGACAUGCACAACUCCAACAUCAGCAAGAUCCUCGGUUCCCGCUGGAAGGCGAUGACCAACCAGGAGAAGCAGCCGUACUACGAGGAGCAAGCGCGUCUCAGUAAGAUCCACCUGGAGAAGUACCCCAACUACAAGUACAAACCACGACCCAAAAGGACCUGCAUCAUCGACGGCAAGAAGCUACGCAUCGGCGAGUACAAGCAAAUGAUGCGUUCGCGGCGUCAGGAAAUGCGGCAGUUCUUCGUCGGGCCUCAGGCUCCCCUACCCCUAGGUAACAGUGCAGGCGGCAUGGGCGUUUACCCGGGCGGCAUCACCAUGGCGACAGGAGCAACUCCCUCACCUCACAUGACCUCAGACUGUUCCAGCAACUCGGCAAGCCCCGAGCCGACCGCGCCCGUCAUCCAGAGCGCGUAUGACGCGGUCAAGGCCGAGCCCGCCAUGGACAUGUCCGGCCACCCCGCCAACGGCGACGACGACAUGGACAUGUACGACGAUUACGAGGACGAGCCCAAGUCAGACUACAGCAGUGAGCACGAAACCCGGCAGGACAUCAGUGCCAACUGAGCUCGCUUGCAAAAUGCGGAGGGCAACCUUAACGACAAGGGGCCGAACCUGCGACAAUACCGGCGUCACGUUUUUUUUUUUUUUGCAACCAGCAUGCAUGGACUCUUCAGCAGCUAUUUGGUCUUAAGUGUUUUAAAAGGAGUGAGCUCGUUCAAUUUUUAUUUUUUAAUGAUGUUGAUGUUUUUAUGACUUUUCUGGUGUUUUAUGUUGAUAACAUUUUUUGCCGUACGGGGCCGUUCGCUCGCUGCCUGUACAAAAACUCUGGACUGGCACAACUUGAAAUUUGAGGAGUUUUAAUAUAAAAAAAAACAACAACAAAAAAUCCUAGCUCUUAUAAUCUUAUCGUCUUACAUUCAUGUCUCAAACAAAUACAGCACAUCCAUUUUAUUAUUAUUACAAUUAUUAUUAUCAUCAUUUCGCAACAUUAUUAUUAUAUCUAUAUCCCAGCUCAGGUAUGAUGUGCCAGCUUGUGAAUGUGUUUUGUUUUGUACGAUGAGAGAGAUGUAAAGUGUUAUGUCAAUCAAUCACAGGGAGCGAUUCCCGUCCGACACAAUAUGACUUCUUAAUGUUAUUGCAACAAAUUUUUCACAAAAUGUGCCAAACCUACAUUCACAUUCACUCAGUAUGGUGUAGUCUUAACUUUCACAAAUGCUGCAAAAAAAAAAAAAAAGUCUUACACAUAUAAGCUUCUCAGCAACAAUUUCAUGAACCACAUUGCUCGGAAUUCCUCGGCGGCCAAAUGCCAACACUUACAAUUCAUUUAGCUUGAUGGCGCUACUGUAGGAUGAGAAAAUUUCUCGUCACUGUAUUUUCUAAUUGUGUUUUCCAUAGUUGCGAAAAAACAUUAUUUGGCUGGUGGACGUCUGUAAAUGUCUAGGCCAAGGGUAGGUGACUUACACCAAACUUUUGUUCUAAAAAAAAAAAAGUAAUUUUGGUCUGUUUUUUUUUUUUUUAAUGGUACUUUUUUCUACCCGGCAUGUAUAUUUGGACGUAAUUUAUUAAGGAAAACAAUUGAGGGAAAAGAUGUGCUCAGUUUUUACUGAACUCCUAUGCCCAUUUUCUGCUAUAACUGUUUAAAAAAAAAAAAAAUCCAGAGUUUAACUGUAAGGCCAUCUUAGCCAAUCAGAAACCUGAAGAAAGUCAUUUGCGGGGAAAAGACGCAAUAUCAAGAACGACGUUUUCACUGUAGUAGAAAAUUGAGGAAAAGGAAAAAAUAAGGACUAGUUUUGACUACACAGUGCAGAAUAUAAAAGGAGAAGGGUUUGUUGUUUUCUUUUCCUGUCAUUUGUGAACUAAUAAUGUUGAUGAAAAUGAUCAAAAGCUCAAAAAUAAUCAUAAAUACAAACAAUAUAUUUUAAUCUUAGCAACAUUAGACAUGGGCAUGGUCUGUGUAAAGCACCCCAACUUGAGCACUGUUUUUCUCCCCAAUUGUAGUGUCUCACUUGUUUUAUUUAAUUUUGUGAUGAUUUAAAACAGCUUUCCACCUUCUACACUCAUUACCUCUGUUUUUUGGGGGCGGGGGGGGCUAGCAUUUUUUUUUUUAAAUACUAUUUAGACGAGCUUCACAAGCUGAGCCUGAACAUAACUCACAUUACAUGGGGAGCCAACUCCUGCUCGCCUCACACAUCCUAAGCACUGGAUACAGCUUCGUAUAUUUUACUUCAAUUUUAUCUUCAAUUUAUUGACUGAGGUGAUGUUGUUUUUGGUCCCAAGUUGUAAUCUUUGGCCAGCAGGUUUUUGUUUAUUCAUUUUCCUCCAAUGUGGCCUCUGUUAAACCUCAUUACACACACAGUUUUUUUCCUGUGAUAUUUUUUUUUUUUUUUGGGUGUUUCAAAUUGUGCGUUUUAACAUUUCAUUGUAUUUAUUAGCCAGAUGUGGCUCUAAAGAGUGUCAGUAUACGUCAUACUGGUGACAAAGACAAUCAAAGAAUAAAUAAGAAAUAAAAACUG